CCAGGAUGAGAGCAAUGCUAAAUAUUUUGCACUGCACUAAUCUGGGAUGCACGUUUUAGAAGAUUUUUGUGGUCCGGACUUCUUGACCACUCAUCAAUCUCAUGAGCACGCAGCGCAGGAAGAGGAUGUGAAAGUUGCCUUGCCGCACGAUCACAAAUUAGCUUUGCUGCCCGGAGCCGACAGAACAACUCUUCUUCCAAAUUUUGAUCCUGUGAAUAACUGUUCAUAUCAAAAUUUAAGGUUCCUGGAAAAAAAACUGUCUUCUUGAUCAUCAUGAAGAACAACAGGAAGGGGAUGCUGUUUAACUUGAGGGUUUGGAAUUUUUAUCUUAGCUAUGAUGGAAAAAAAAGGUCUAAAUAUACAGAAAAGUUCUCU